AUGAAUAAUUAUUUAAAAAAUAUUGAUAUUAAAGAUAGUUAUAACAUAAGACAACUUAAAAAUUAUAAUAGUAUUGAAAUUUCAGAACAAUCAUUUUGUUCUAAAAUUAUCAAUUUUUUAUCAAUUAUUUUAUUAAUUAUAACAUUUCCUAUAUCUAUAUUUGGAUGUUUUAAAAUUAUCAAAGAAUAUGAACGAGGAAUAUUUUUUCGUCUUGGUACAAUUUGUAGUGGUGAAAAAGGUCCAGGAUUAUUUUUUGUAAAUCCAUUUAUUGAAAAAUGUAUUGUUCUAGAUUUACGAUUAAAUACUUUUGUUAUUCCAUUACAAGAAAUUUUAUCAAAAGAUUCAGUUACUGUUAAUAUUGAUGCUGUUGUAUAUUAUCAAGUAAUAAACACUUUAAAAGCAAUAAAUAAUGUUGAAAAUUAUGAAGAAUCAACAAAAUUAUUAUCACAAACUGUUUUAAGAAAUAUUUCUGGAGGAAAAAAUUUAUCAGAAUUGGUAGAAUUUAAAGAAUCUAUUUCACAAUAUCUUCAAAAAAUUCUUAAUGAUACUACUAUAAAUUGGGGUAUUAAAAUUAAUAAAUUUGAGUUAAAAGAUAUUUUUAUACCACAAAAUAGUCAAAAUGUAAUGGCUAUUGAAGGUAAAACAAUAAAAUUGGCUAAUGCAAAAAUUAUUGCUACAAAUGGUGAGAGGGAAGCUUCAAGAGGUUUAAAGGAGGCUGCUGAUAUUGUAUCAAAAAAUUCAAGUACAAUGUACUUAAAAUAUCUUCAAACAUUACAUAAUAUUGGAAAAAAAAAUAGUACAACAAUUAUAUUUCCUUUACCAAUAGAUUUAAUGAAUUAUUUAUUUAAAAGUUUUAAUAAUACAAAAUCUAAUUAA